AUGGUAGGUGAGCUUAGUUCUCACGCCGAAUUUGGACAAGUAACCUCAGCAGAUUUGUUCCCAUUUUACUGCGUAUGUACCGUCAAGGUUACCGGAGCACCUCCCGUGGAUCAUCGACGCGGCUAUUUGUUGCAGGCAAUCUUCUUUCUAGGAUGUCUCAUAACAUCAGAAUCCCACUCCCAGUCUCAUUGCCGCCAUUAG